CUGAUGCUGCCUUACACCUUGCCUAUAGGUGGGUCCACUUGGAAGAUGUUAGUGCACUUCAGUCAGUCUCUUUCUAUGACCUUCUCUGUGUGAUGAACCUUUAAGUGACUAUUCUAAACUCUGAACAUAGUCUUCACUUUCAAAGUACUUUUGAUUGGCCUCCAGCAUACAUUGCUUCCUGGAAUAUCUUUUGAAAAUGCAUUUUUCUCCACAUAUCUUGAUCGUUUCUACUUUACUCAUCUGUCUAUAUUCUGCUGAAGGUAUACUUUUGAGCCCAACUGAGACUACUUUACAAGAACGUGCAACUUUUACAGAGUCAUGGUCAGCGGAGGCUAUGGAUGAAUCAUCAUCAUCAGACCCAACCCUUCCAAGUUUCACAGCAUCUGAUACAGUUGUUACAACAUCAGGACCUGACUCAGCAGGCACAAUUAGCAUAGCAACCCCAGAGACUACAAAUUCUGACUUUGCAGGGACGACAUCAGGACAUUCCCCAUCAAGUCCAUCAAGCACAGAUAAAUCAGACCCAUCUGAAACAACCUUCUCAACUGGCUUGACGGCUUCCAAAUCACCAGAGACUACUUCAAACUUUGAUACUACGUCUCCUUCAGAGUCUAUAACCUCUAGUCCUGUUGGCACCCCCCACACAUCAGACACAACCUUCCCAAGUGAUUCUUCAACAUCUAACACUGCUGGAACAACAGCAGGACCUGGCUCAACAGGCUUACUUAGCACAGUGACCCCAGAGUCUACAGAAAUCGCCACACCAUCUGAAAUGACUUCAUCAACUGGCUUGCAAACAUCCCAGUCACUCGAGGCAACCUCAGGUCUUGAAACUUCCCCUGCAUCCGAUUUGGCAACGUCCAGACCUGUUAGUACUUCCCCAAUGUCAGAACCAACCUUUACAGGUGGUUCUACAACCUCUGACAAUGCUGAGACAACAUCAGAACAUACCCCAACAGGUCCAUCAAGCACAGUGAUUUCAGAAUCUCUGGAAACAACUUGGUCAUCUGAAACAACUUUCUCAACUGACUCACCAACAUCUCAACCACCCGAGACUACUUCAAAUUCUGAUACUAUGUCUCCUUCAGAGUCUAUAACAUCUAGGCCUGUUGGCACCCCCCAUACAUCGGACACAACCCUCCCAAGUGAUUCUUCAACAUCUAAUGCUGCUGGAACAACAUCAGGACCUGACUCAACAGGCACAGUUACCCCAGAGUCUACAGAAAUCCCCACACCAUCUGAAAUGACUUCAUCAACUGGCUUGCAAACAUCCCAGUCACCUGAGGCAACCUCAGGUCCUGAAACUUCCCCUGCAUCCGAUUUGGCAACGUCCAGACCUGUUAGUACUUCCCCAGUGUCAGAACCAACCUUUACAGGUGGUUCUACAACCUCUGAAAAUGCAGAAACAACAUCAGGGCAUACCCCAACAGGUCCAUCAAGCACAGUGAUUUCAGAGUCUACUGAAGCAACCUGGUCAUCUGAAACAACUUUCUCAAAUGGCUCACCAACAUCUCAACCACCCGAGACUACUUCAAAUUCUGAUACUACGUCUCCUUCAGAGUCCAUGACAUCUAGUCCUGUUGACACCCCCCACACAUCGGACACAACCCUCCAAAGUGAUUCUUCAACAUCUAAUACUGCUGGAACAACAGCAGGACCUGACUCAACAGGCUUAAUUAGCACAGUUACCCCAGAGUCUACAGAAAUCCCCACACCAUCUGAAAUGACUUCAUCAACUGGCUUGCAAACAUCCCAGUCACCUGAGGCAACCUCAGGUCCUGAAACUUCCCCUGCAUCCGAUUUGGCAACGUCCAGACCUGUUAGCACUUCCCCAAUGUCAGAACCAACCUUUACAGGUGGUUCUACAACCUCUGACAAUGCUGGGACAACAUCAGGACAUACCCCAAUAGGUCCAUCAAGCACAGUGAUUUCAGAGUCUACUGAAGCAACCUGGUCUUCUGAAACAACCUUCUCAACUGGCUCACCAACAUCUCAACCACCCGAGACUACUUCAAAUUCUGAUACUAUAUCUCCUUCAGAGUCUAUAACAUCUAGUCCUGUUGGCACCCCCCACACAUCGGACACAACCCUCCCAAGUGAUUCUUCAACGUCUAAUGCUGCUGGAACAACAGCAGGACCUGACUCAACAGGCACAGUUACCCCAGAGUCUACAGAAAUCCCCACACCAUCUGAAAUGACUUCAUCAACUGGCUUGCAAACAUCCCAGUCACCUGAGGCAACCUCAGGUCCUGAAACUUCUCCUGCAUCCGAUUUGGCAACGUCCAGACCUGUUAGUACUUCCCCAAUGUCAGAACCAACCUUUACAAGUGGUUCUACAACCUCUGAAAAUGCUGGCACAACAUCAGGACAUACCCCAAGAGGUCCAUCAAGCACAGUGAUUUCAGAGUCUACUGAAACAACUUGGUCAUCUGAAACAACUUUCUCAACUGGCUCACCAACAUCUCAACCACCUGAGACUACUUCUAAUUCUGAUACUACGUCUCCUUCAGAGUCCAUAACAUCUAGUCCUGUUGGCACCCCCCAUACAUCAGACACAACCCUCCCAAGUGAUUAUUCAACGUCUAAUGCUGCUGGAACAACAUCAGGACCUGACUCAACAGGCACAGUGACCCCAGAGUCUACAGAAAUUGCCACACCAUCUGAAAUGACUUCAUCAAUUGGCUUGCAAACAUCCCAGUCACCUGAGGCAACCUCAGGUCCUGAAACUUCCCCUGCAUCCGAUUUGGCAACGUCCAGACCUGUUAGUACUUCCUCAGUGUCAGAACCAACCUUUACAGGUGGUUCUACAACCUCUGACAAUGCUGGAACAACAUCAGGACAUACCCCAACAGGUCCAUCAAGCACAGUGAUAUCAGAGUCUAGUGAAACAACCUGGUCUUCUGAAACAACUUUCUCAACUGGCUCACCAACAUCUCAACCACCCGAGACUACUUCAAAUUCUGAUACUACGUCUCCUUCAGAGUCCACAACAUCUAGUUCUGUUGGCACCCCCCACACACCGGACACAACCCUCCCAAGUGAUUCUUCAACGUCUAAUGCUGCUGUCACAACAUCAGGACCUGACUCAACAAGCUUAAUUACCCCAGAGUCUACUGAAAUCGCCACAGAACCUGAACUUACUUCAUCCACUGGUUUGCAAACAUUCGAGUCCACCUCAGGUCCUGAAACUUCCUCUCCAUCUGAUUUGGCAACGUCCAGGCCUGUUGGCAUUUCCCCAACCUCAGAUCCUACUCUUACAAGUGGUUCCACAACACCUAAUGCUGUUGUAACAACAUCAGGACAUGACUCAACAGACUCAACUGGUAAAGUGACCCCAGACUCUACUGAAUUAAUCACAUUAUUUGAGACAACUUUCUCCACAGGUUUACUGACAUCCCAGUCAUUUGAGACAACUCUAAACAUUGAAACUACAUUUUCUUCAGAGUCUUCCACAUACAGGCCUUCCCCAACAUCAGAUUCAACUAUUACAAUAGGUUCAACAACAACAGAUGCUGCCAUGACAUCAUCAGCACAUAACCCAACAGGUUCAUCUAGUACAAUGAUCCCAGAGUUUCCUGAAACAACUGCAACAUCCUUGAUAACUUUCUCCACUGCCUCACUAACAUCACCUGAUAGUAUUAGUCCUACCUCCUCACUAAACCCAACCCAUGCUGGCAGUUCAACAUCAUCUGAUACAACAUCAGAACCCAACCCAACUAGUUCCACAGCAGGGCCUACUAAAACAACGGUGCAAUCUGAAUCAACUGCUUCCACAGACCCAUCAACAUCUCAGUUAGUUGAAACCACUUCAAAAAUGACAACAGUGAUACCUCUCAGAUGCCAAAAUGGCGGCUUCUUUGAUGGAUUCAAAUGCAUAUGUCCCCCUGCAUUUACUGGAGAAACAUGCCAAAAUGCUAACACCUUUGUGCCAGAUAACUUCAAUGAGUCAGUGAGAGUCAACUUUGCGAUAAAUCAGGCAUACGACGAAAAAUAUGACGACAAAGAAUCCUCUGAAUACAAAGAGUUUGUUCAAUCCUUUACUACAACGAUGGAGAAAUAUUAUCAGGAUCAGAAGAUUCCACAUUUCAAAGCAGUACUAGUGACUAGUGUGAGUCCAGGAGGUCCUUUACAACCAUUAUCAGACCAGACUAGGGCGGAGGUGAGAAUCUCAGCCAAAAAACGUGAUGACACAGCACAUAAAGAGAGUGUUAGUGUCGCACACGAUGUGGUUUUGUCAAUUCCAAACAACCGCUCUGAGCAACUUUAUGAAAAUGGUUUUGAAGCCAUCACAGACGCUGUUUCAGCCCUUCAGGACUGCGAAGAUUGUGCGUUUAACAUCACAAGCUCCUCUGUGAAUAAAGCAGAAAGUGACAAGCAGACUUUAUGUGAGAAGCUGGUUGGGAACUCAGGUGCUGCUGCACACUAUACGCCAGUGACUGAAGGAGACACCAUCAUAUGUGUCACUCGGUGUGACAGUCGACAUAAGGAUCCCAAAAUAUGCAAAAAUGAAGGAACUUGCAAAGUGUACAGUGAUAUGGGACCUGUCUGCGAGUGCCAGAAUGUGGAUUCCACCUGGUAUUUAGGCAGUGACUGUGACCUGCCCAUACACACAACAGCGUUUUAUGCAGGUUUAAGCUCAACCCUCUGCCUCCUUCUAGUGGUUGUUGUUGCUCUUACUGCGUAUUCAUCUGUCAACAAACACAAACAGACAAAACAGAAAGAGGUGAAAGAGAAGCUGGUGAACCAGUGGUUGAGUGAAGACUAUGAAUGGUCCCGACCCCGUGUCCCUGUGAACAGUUUUAAAGCAGGUUACGUAAACCCUGUGCUUACAUCAAAUGGAUCGGCCAUCUACGAUGACAAAUCUCAGCAGCAGUCCUUCAGCACCUCAGCAUACCCACGCCCACCAACACAGCCUCUUGGUCCCAGCCCAACCACAGGAAACUUUUCAGCUGACCUGCAGAUGAGGACGAUCAGGCCUGAGAUGAGGAUGUCCUGGGAUGUCUGAGGAGUUCAGCUUUCACUGAAAACAUUCACAUAUUUAUUUGUAUCUUAAAUGAAAUAUAACUUUUAUUUAAAAGUAAUUACAAUUUUAUUGUAAUUAGCCUAAUUAUUUAUUCUUGCUCAUUUGGUUGUGUUUUUGCUCAUUCUUGAUUAAAUUAGAUUUUUUUUCAACCAAACCAAAAAGUUGUAGGAAGGAAGCAUGAAAACAUUUAACUAACUCAUGUGAACAAACUGCAUUAAAUUAAAAUGCAACGAAAAACACUAUUAAUGCAUUAUUAAACAUUCUAUCUGUA